AUGCUCCCGACGUGCGCUGAUGAGCUCAUCGCUCCCCCCUCUCAGACAGGAUUCUGCAGGACCCUGCAGGAGAGGGGAGCCACGCUCUUGUUCACCGUUGGCAAGCGGGGGCUGCAGGCUCAACUCCCGGACAGCCUUGUGGGCGCCGCCGCCGCGCGGGUGGACCCCCCGGCGGGGCCGGCAGGCGGCGCGCCCCGUGGGCACUGCCCUGACGCGGGCGGCCAGGGCCCCAAGAAGAGCCCGCUGGCGCUAUCGGAGAGCAGAGGACGACGCAGAGCCACAAAUCCAUUUUCUGUUCCUCCAGUUUUGGGACGCCUCCGGAUUCGCUACAGAGGUGACCACACGGUCGGGCUGAGUCCGUGGGUAUCCGAGUCAAAGGCAAUACACUUGUUCUUCUGA